CACGCAAUCUGGGAUAUAUAAACCAUUGGCUUUACAGUGAAGUUGGCUUUGUUGUUCAUGGUGCCAGAACUGCUGCUGAAAAAGACAGCUGCUGUGAACAAAAACACAGAGCUCUGCACUGCAGAGAAAUGUGCCUCCUCCCCCUGGAGAGCACGCUUUAACCCUAGCGGUGCUCUGAGUGCUGCUUUGGAGGAGAACAGCAGAGGGCUCCUCAGGCAGUGCUCCCCGUGCACCCCUGUACUUUGGGGAGCAGCUGGGGACAUGCACACUGCUGGCCUUCCCGGAGCUCUGCCUCUAACAUUUCCUUUCUUUUUUUCCAGCGUGUUGCACACUUAGGAGCCGUGCCCUACUCGAGGAGGCUUUACGCUAGUGUUGUCACACCUUGACCAUGAACGGGUACCUGAAUGAAUCCAAUUUCGUGAUGGUGGAGGAGGGCUUCACCAGCAGGGACCUCCUGGAGAGCAGCCUGGUGGAGCUGUGCCAGGCGGGUGACCAGCAAGCCUUCUUCGUGGCAGACCUCGGGGACAUUGUGAGGAAACACCUGCGCUUCCUGAAGGCUUUGCCCCGUGUGAAGCCCUACUUCCCUGUGAAGUGCAACAGCAGCGGGGGGGUGAUACGGCUGCUGGCUGAGCUGGGGGCAGGCUUUGCCUGUGCCAACAAGACAGAGAUAGCAGAAGUUCAAAGCAUUGGGGUCCCAGCUGACAAGAUUUUCUACAGCAGCCCUUGCAAGCAGGUUUCCCACAUCAAAUAUGCAGCCAGCCAUGGUGUGCAGCUGAUGACCUUCGACAACGAGGUGGAGCUGGGCAAGGUGGCCCGGAGCCACCCGCAAGCCAGGAUGCUUUUGGGUAUUGCUGCUGACCCCAGCCCUUCUGCCCAUCCAAGCAUGAUGUUUGGGGCCACGCUCAAGUCCUGCCGACGCCUGCUAGAGUCAGCAAAGGAACAAGAUGUGGAGGUUAUUGGCAUCAGCUUUCACCUUGGGAGCCACAGCCUGGAGCCCCAGGCUUUUGCCCAGGCUGUCGCAGAGGCACAGCUGGCAUUUGACAUGGGCACAGAGCUGGGCUAUCAAAUGCGCCUCUUGGACAUCGGAGGGGGAUUUCCUGGCACCGAGGACACCAGAGCCCAGUUUGAGGAGAUUUCUGCUGUGAUAAACUCUGCACUGGACAUGUAUUUCCCGGAAGGCUGUGGGGUGGAGAUUGUUGCCACACCGGGGCGAUACUAUGUCACCUCAGCCUUCACCUUUGCAGCCAGCAUUGCUGGCAAGGAAGAGGUUCCCAUGGAGCAGCCAGGCUCUGAUGGGGAAGAGUCUGGAAGUAAGAGGAGCCUUGCCUAUCACCUCAGCGAUGGCAUCUACAGUACCUUCAGCUGUGUCCUGUUUGACAGUCCCUGCCCCAAGCCUCUGCUGCACAAGAAGCCCUGCCCAGAGCACCCCUUGUGCAGCAGCAGCCUCAGGGGUCCUCUGGGGCAUGCAGAGGACCAGAUUACCAAUGAUGUGGAGCUGCCUGAGCUGCAGGAUGGGGACUGGCUGAUUUUCCAGGACAUGGGUGCCUACACCAUCACAUCUUCAUCCCUGUGCGGUGGGUGUCCCCGGCCACACAUCACCUAUGCCAUGUCCCGCCUGGCCUGGAAGGCCCUUCAGCUCCUCCAGGCGAAGCCACCGCCAGCAGAAGAUGACCAUGAGAGCGCCUGCACGCCACUGUCAUGCGGCUGGGAGAUGGUGGAGUCCCUCUGCGUCCCCCCGGUCUUCACCCCAGCCAGCAUCAUCUGAGCAGGGAAGGCCCACGCCAGCACUCUGCACCCACGGGGCUGCAGGCAGAGCUCAGCACGGCACAGUCCUGCUCCUCCUGCUUGUACGGUGCUGCGUGUGCUCAGCGGGUUUGGGUGCUUUCAUAGGAGUUAUGGUAAUAAAUGGGUGUUGAGCCUGGCUCGGGUUUUGCCAUGAGGACCCCCCUGGCGCUCCCUCCCUUCCCUGUGCCUGAGGUGGCGGAAGAUCUGGCUCAGAUGAGCAGUUGGCUGCAUAAUGAGGCCAUGCUCAUUAGGGAUGCCAAAGCUGUUGUCCCAGCCUUGGAGGUGCCCCGGGGCAUGGGGGGAUGUGAGGACAGCAGGUGGGUUCUGGGAUGUGGGUGCUGCUAGGGGGUGGCUGAGGCUCACUGGGAGCCUUAAUGACCCUCCUGCCCUAAUGAGCUCUUCUGCGCGUGGUGCCACAUUGUCCCAGUGCUGCGGCGGGAGGCCGUAACAGCCUGGAACACUGUGAGAGCCUGAAAGCCAGAGGCUGGGGACACAGGGAGCACUGGAAGACACUGGGGGAAGUGCUGGGAGCAGUGGGGGACCCUGCGACACACCGGAAGCACCGCAGACACGGGGAGCACCGCAGACACUGCGGGACAAUGGGACUCGGGGCGCGGCCGCCCGGAGGGUGCCGCAGAGGCCUGCAGGGGGCGCUGGGGCGCGGCGGACUGUUUCCCCUCCUUGUCGACAGGGGGCGC